CGAAGAUGAAACGAUCCGUCAUUGAGGCGCCAACCUCUGUUCUUAAAUCGUCUAAACCCUUCACCAGAAGUCCAAUAUAUACUACUGUUUCUGUAAUUCUGGCACUUCGCGAAUACAGAGUUAUAAUCGUUGAGGAUUUGCUUCCCAGUCCUAGUCCUGCCUGCAGGUUAUAAUCUUCGACAAUGAAGAAAAACUUAAAAAAGCAAGAUUCCGUGAUUGAUAAUCGUAACAAUGAACCGGUUAUUAUCAACGAUGAUGAUGAUGAAGAUACUGAAUCUUUGAAUUCUAAUGUUGCAUCCAAAGUUAGGGGGAAAAAGAGAAAGUUGAUUUCAAUGGUAUGGAACUAUUUUGAAAUGUUAGAUACAAAACCGGGAGAGGAGUUAAUGUGUAAAUGCAAAAAGUGUGGAAACAAGUAUAGUGCUGAUAGCAAGAAUGGCACGGGCAAUCUAAAUCGGCACAUACAAAGCUGUGUGAAAAUUACAACUAAAGACAUUGGCCAGUUUCUUCUAUCCUCUAAUCAAGGUCCGCUUCUUUCUAGAAAUCCUCAAUUUAGUCAAGAAAAUUUAGAGAGUUGCUAGUUCAGGCUCUUAUUAGACAUGAUUUACCGUUUAGUUUUGUGGAAUACGAAGGAAUUAGAGAUCUGUUAAAGUAUUUGGAACCGAAGGUUAGUUUUUUUAGUAGGCACACUGCUAGAACAGAUGCAAAGAAAAUGCAUGCUUCAUUAGUUAGUAAGGUUCGAAACGAAUUAAGUGUAUGUCCUGGUCAAAUCUGUGUGACGUCCGAAUGUUGGAGUUCUAUAGUUACUGAUGGUUAUAUAAGUUUGACAGCACAUUUCAUUGAUAGUGAGUGGGUUUUGCAUAAAAAAAUUCUUAACUUUUCAUAUAUGCCUCCACCUCACAAUGGAGUCUCUUUAGCUGAAAAAAUCCAUACUUUGGUUGCUUAUUGGGGUAUCGAUAAGAAAUUGUUAUCUCUCACACUAGACAAUGCAUCUGCGAAUGAUAUCUGUGUUAAUAUUCUUCGCUCUCAGUUAAAGUUGAAAGAUGCGUUAGUGUAUGAUGGUGCUUUGUUUCACAUAAGGUGUUGUGCACAUAUAUUGAAUCUAAUUGUGCAAGAGGGUUUAAAAAAGAUUGAUGUAUCAGUGGACAAAGUAAGAGAGUGUGUCAAAUAUAUAAAGGGUUCACAUAUAAGAAAAAAUAGUUUUAGAAAAUGUAUUUCUCUUGAUGAUAAAAAAGGUUUACUUCAAGAUGUUCCUACAAGAUGGAAUUCAACGUAUAAAAUGCUUUCAAGUGCUUUGUACUAUCAACUUUCUUUCUAUCAACUGGAACUAAGUGAUUCAAACUUCAAAUGUUGUCCAUCUUUAGAGGAGUGGAAGAGAAUCGAAACUAUAUGUUGCUUUCUUGAAAUCUUCGACAAUGCAACUAAAGCCUUUUCAGGAUCAUAUUAUACUACAUCCACUCUGUAUUUUCCUCAUGUGUUUCGCAUUCAGCUAAAGUUGGUUGAAGCCUGUAAAAGUUCGGAUACUUUUAUGAAACAAAUAGCUGAAUAAAUGUUUGCUAAAUUUAACAAAUAUUGGGCUGAAUUUAAUCUUGUAUUAGCUGUGGCUGUGAUAUUUGAUCCUCGAUAUAAAUUGCAUAUGUUAGAGUUAACAUAUAAUAGACUGUAUGGUGAAGAAUCCGUUGAGUUCAAAAAGGUAAAAAGCACACUUUUUGGCAUUUAUGAUGAGUAUUUAGAAAAAGAACAUGGGUCAGCAGCUACUGUUGCUUCUGAUGUGGAUAAGUCUAAGAAUGCAACAAGAGUCAACCAACAAUCAAUGGAUGUUUGGAAGGAGUUUGAAACAUUUGACACUAUUAAUACAACUUUGAAAAAGAGUGAACUUGAGAUGUAUUUAGAUGAACAAAGAAUUGAUUUAUCUCAAAAUGUCCAAGUUCUUGAUUUUUUGAAAGCACAUGCAUAUCGUUAUCCAAAUUUGUGUAGAAUGGCAAGAGAUGUUUUAUCUAUUCCAGUAUCAACUGUUGCUUCUGAAGCUUCUUUUAGUAUUGGUGGAAGAAUUCUAGAUCAAUAUCGUAGCACAUUAACCCCACAAAUUGUUGAGUCACUGAUAUGUAGUCGGGAUUGGCUUUUUAGAGAUUCAGGUUUGCAAACAAAAGAAAAGGAAGCAAUGGAUGCUAUUAUUGAAGAUGUUAUUUCUCAACACAAUGAUGGUGAAGAUGCAAUGGAUGGUGAAGAUUGAAAACCAGCACAUGUUAUAUUUUGUUGAAGCAACUUUAUUUGUUUUUUAAAUUUUAUCAUCUUUUGGUACUUUUAAGUAUUUUGGAGAAUGUAUUUUGUGGUAAUUUAUAACUUUUGACAUCCUAUUAUUUGUUGGUUCAAAAGAACUUAUUGAAGGAUGUAUUUUGUGGUAAGUAUUAAUUUAUGAUG